CCUUGGAAGCCAAAGUGUCAUCUGCACUCCGAACCUAGUAUAUCAUGUUAGCUGCGACCAGUCGUUAACUGGUGCAUUGACCUUCCAGGUAAUUAUGUAAGAUUAUUCCUAAUUGUUAAAUUUAUUGAACUCUUGUGUCCAGGGAUAGAAAAGAACAAGUCGCUUGUUCAAUGUCAACUACAUAAGUAUUGAGUAUACCAUAGUUUUAAAUUGCCGUUUAGAAGUGUGUGAGAAUUAUGCUUGGUCAGUGUUUGGUGUCGAAAACGAACCUGCAUGUUAGAGGACAGUAACAAAAUUAAAUUAUUAGAUAAUUCAGCUCUUAAACUUCAUAAAAAUCAUGGAUUAUUGGUUAUAACUUUAAUUUUAUGGGGUUAAUUUAAAUAGGGAAAAAGGAUAUUAAAAAACCUGUUUGACUGACUCAGUUGGGCAAUUUUUAAAACUCUUGCUACUAAAAAGAAGUUUUUUGUGACCGAGUGGACACCGAGCCUAUCAGUGUGGAUCAGUUUCAGGGAAGGAGAGUAAUUUUUGAUCAGAGUACAUUUAUCCCUUAUUUUUAAAGGAUGUUUUUUUAAAUGGAGGGUAGUGAUUUUAUUUGAAUCUAUAGAGUGUCCAUACAUUUAAAUCUUUGGGAACUUUUAAUUUUUAGUGUCAGACUUAUAAGUGUAUGUAGUUGAAAAGAGUUUGUAGCCUUUUAUCCAUUGCACAUUUAUAAUAGUCCUUACAGUGUUAAUUGAUUGUUUAGUUGCCCUGAGGUGGGGGCACCCAUUUAAACCAUAACAGGUAACUCAGUUCGUUUAAUAUUUGACAUGGUAAUCCUACUGCAGAAGGUGCAUCAGAUUUCAUAUAACUUGUUACUACGUGCAAUAAGGUGCACUGUACAGGUGACAGACACUUCAUUCUCUGUUUUAUUUUGUGUGUCAGCCUAUCAAGUCUAUCCGUUCUUAGGAGGGAUUUGCACUGCCUAGGAUAAAGGAGGGCAACUUGGACUGAUGGAUACGCCCUGCAAGCCACCUUGUCAUCUGCGCUCCGAACCUAGUAUAUGAUGUCAGCUGUAACCAGUUGCCAACUGGUGCAUUAACCUUUCAGGUAAUGAUGUAAGAUUAUUCCUAAUUGUUAUAUUUAUUCAACUCUUGUGUCCAGGGAUAGAAAAGAACAAGUCGCUUGAUCAGUGUCAACUGUGUGAGUAUUGAGUAUACCACACUUUGUAAUGGCGCCCUUAGGACUGUGUCAGAAUUACGCUUGGUCAGUCUUUGGUGUCAAAAACGAACCUGCAUGUUAGAGGACAGUAACAAAAUUAAAUUAUCAGAUAAUUUAGCUCUUAAAUUUAGUAAAAGUCAUGGAUUAUUGGUUAUAACUUUUAUGGGGUUAAUUUUAUAGGGGAAAAGGAAAUUAAAAAACCGGAUUCACUGACUGAGUUGAAAUUUUGAGGAGAGAUAAGUUUUCGCUUAUUAUAAGGUUUUGGUGACCAGUGUGAAGAAGAUGAGAAUAUAGAAGAUGAAAGUGUUGUUGUCAGAAUGCUGAAUUGUGGUACAGAAAAAGGAAAACACAAAAGCUAAAACAACAAAACUGCAGGUAGCUUUGCAAAGAACAUUUUUCUUCUUGACCAAAUUAUAUAUUGUGAAACUGGAUCAUUGUUAUCUUAUGAUAGCUAAAUAAUAUUGAAGAAAGCACAAGCGAUAACAUGAAAUUGUGUUUUAUUUCUAAAGGAAUCCUCGUAUUUGCAAGGCCUUGUUCCAUAGUGGUUGAUGUGAAGGAGCUCUUUGGGGCUGAGAGCAAGUCUCAAGUGUACGCACAUGUGCAUAAUUUCUUAAAGAAAAUUAAAGACACUAGUAAGUAUAUUUUUUGCAGUUAUGACUAUUAUUAUAACAGUAUCAACAAAGUGCUUAAUGUAUUAAUAGGCCAUUUCCGAGUUCCAGAAAAUCUCAGUUUCAAAACGAGUCUAAGUGCGAAAUCUUUGUUGUGAAAAUUAGUUUUAUUUGCAUCAUAAUUAAAACUCAUUUUCACACAAAGGUUUCGCACUUAGCCUCGUUUUGAAAGUGAGAUUUUUUGAAACUCGGAAAUGCCCUAUUGAUGUAUUGUCAAACAACAUUUCCCUAAAAGAAUAUUAUUUUUACUAUCUUUAAGAUGUUCUGUUUUAUGAUGAUGCGUGUCAUUUGAAACGCUAUGCCCAAAAUCUAGUGAGAAAGGAUGCCAGUGAUAUUGCAAGAAAGAUGGCCACUAUGGACAUGGUGUGUGAUUGCUUUCACUUUGCCAACCAUACAGAUAAAUGGUGUAAGAAAAAUUGCAAUCCGUACAAGACUGCCAAUUUAGAGGUAAAUAACAAUUGUGUAACCAAAGGAAAUAAUAUUAAGGUAAUUGAAGGAAAAUUUUUCAAAAGAUAGGCUAACUUGAGAAAUUGAGCACUUUGUUACUGAAGGAAUGAGAACAUAGCUUUCACCGCUAUGGCUUUUGAACUUGAAGUGUUUGUGGCUUACAGCCCCAACACACUACGUCCGCCCUCCUGUAAAUAAACUCAUUCUAAGCAAAUUUUGGAUCGAAAACAACAACAACAAUCUUUAUUUGUACUGUCACUUUAUCCCGGACCAUAUUAAACAAAGAAUCUAUUAAAAAUAUAUUAUAGUACUAACCGCCUGGAAUUACCAUAAGCGCUAGAGGAGUCAGGGCAGCCAGUUGUAGACGCCAUCUAUCUCGCUGACCCGCUGAACUAACUAUAUUUGUAAACUACCCGGUAUUGGAUAGUCAUUAACUUUGUCCUUUGUGUUGUUUUCCCUUUAGGAUGUAAUCACAGAAGUCUGCGAGCAGCUAUUCUCGUGGCUCUCACGAUUUUCUCAUAUUACAAAGCAUAUCAACAAAUGGCGUUUUCUUUUUUUAAUGCUGUACUUAUUAGACAACCAUAACGAAGAUGUUGCAAGAACCCAAUUGAUCUUUCUAAAUGCGUCUCAGUCUGAAAUCUGAAAUCGUUUUUUGUAUGUGUAAGAACUCUUCGGUGCUACUUUUGAGCUGCCUUUAAAACCCUUUCUGUGUUACGAUGUUUUAUGGAAACUUUGGCAUCUCCUUAAUUAUAGGGAUUGUUUCGGCCAAGCAAAAAGAUUUACCGUUCUUAUUGGGCCCUCCCGAAAGGGGCUUUCCCAACCCGGUAAAUCAUAUAUAUGCAGCAUUUUUUCAUUUAUACUGAAAUUUUAAGGAGGCUAUUUUUAUCAAUAAUUGCCUUAUCUUUAGCCUGAGUAGUAGGCGCUUGGAAGUAAUCGCUAGAAAGAGCGGAGCGCGCGAGAGAGACUCGCAAGGGAAGAGGGACCUACUUCUCCAGUAUGUGUCCCUCGCGCGCUCCGUUCUUUCUUGCGCCCACCACUUCCAUGCUACCUGAUUUUAUUAAAUGACCCAACUCACCCUCCGAAAAUGGUAGGGAAGUUAAUUGGAAAAUGGGGAAUAUCGUAAAUAAAUAAAGCGGAAAUUUUUAGCUUUUCUUAACGUGUCCCACGAUAUGUAUGAUUAUUAAAUAAUAUU